AGACUCUUGAAGUCCGUGUAGCAUCUAUACAAACGGUUGGAUCAAUAAAUUUUGAAAAAAAUUUGGAUCAAAUUUCUAUGAGGUUGAUUUUCGGGAGGUGCACCAUUCGAUACUACUAUGGCAGUGCUUUCUGUAAGAACCAGAUAAUCUUGGCGAAAACUCUCCUUAGAUUUUUGCAGAAUUGAUGCACAAAAAGUCAAUCCAACAGCAACAGCAGCGAGAACAACAAGACACAAAGUUCACUGCCCAAAAAGAAAGGCACCAACUUUGCUCACUGUUUCCAAGUACACCAGUUACCAUAGAAACCACUUUUGUUGUACAAGAUGCCCAUGCUAACACUCCAACAGGCCAGGUCCGAUGCGGUAGCUAACGAAGCCGAACAACGAACCACGAGUCCCGAGCACAAGAGAUUACUGUCCGAGCGAGGGGAACAUGAUACAACCAUAGGAGAAUCCAAGAAAAGGAGGAAGCUCUCCGAAAGUCUCGACACGGAGUUGGUAGUCACUGGCAGCAGCGACGACAAAACGUCCAAAAAGAUUCAAAAUCAGAAGGAAACAAUUGAUGGUGUCACCAUGCUCAAGCCGUCAGACAAGAAAAAGGUGGAUCCUACAGAGUUGGCUUCGGCAUUUGCCUUAGCUUCCCUUGCGAGCCUAAGUCCGGGAGGCAGUAGCGUAGGUAGUGCCUCUGGAAUAAGUACUCCACCAAGGGAAUCAAGGGAAGCCAAUGUCAUUCGAAAAACUGACUCAAAGCUUGAUGACGAGGUACGAAAGGCUGCGUCUUUCGAGUCGGAAACACGUUCCCCAAAAGCUUCGGAGCACCCCUUAUCCCCGGAACAAUUGUCUCUAAGAGAACAAGAAGACCACAGUGCCUCUUCUACGGUUGUGAACUCUCCCGCAGGAAACGCCAAUCGAAGAGUGUCAUUCGCACCAAACACGAAGUCAGCUGAAGAAUCCAAAGUUCCGUCAACGCCUACAACGUCUGCGAGUAGCUCAGGAGAACUCGCAACCUCAACAUCACAUCGAUCGCUGGCAAUGCCACAGGAGUCUCCUGGCGGUAAAAAUGGUCGUAGUGGUAGAAGUAGCAACAGCAACACUACCAUAAAUACAAGUCCGAACUCAAUGAUGCAAAUGAGUCCAAGACCUCAUCGAAUGUACGGUGGACGAGGUCUCCCACCCUUUGUUCGAACCCCACCACAAGUGAACCAGAUGAAUCAUCGUCUCGAUUACGGAACACCACCUCCACCACCACAUGCUCCUUAUCAUCAUAGACUUCCUCCUCCAGGAACAAAUGGGUCGAUGCCUCCAGGAUCGUUUCGUCAUGGACCUCCAGUUCUUCACCACCGACAACAAUUUGGAUAUCCAGGAGCACCACCAGGUCAUCGUUUCAGUCCACAUCAGCAGUACUUCCCCCCUCGUUACCUGAUGCAACCUCCCCUCUUGCACAGAACCAAUAGCUAUGGCGUGGGAAUGGUGCCAUCUGCUCCAACGCCACCGAACCAACAGGGUGCCCCGGCCACUACAAAGUGCAAUCAAUGGGUUUGUGAUUAUUGCAACGUCGCAUCUUUCUCUUCUUACGAGGAAGCUUGUGCUCACGAAGAGAUCUGUAAGAAAGCAGGCCCCAAGGCUGCAGCUCAACUCCUUUCCGUAAGUAGAAGUUAUAGUUCCGCUUCCAUGGAUGAAGAUUCAGUCGUAAGCAGCAACAUGUCAAUGAUGGUGGGUGGGCAUCAUCUUCCCGCCAACAAUCCCCAUCUUCAUCCCGCUUUUGGCAAUGCAAUGGAAGCAGCUCGACGUCAUCAUCAUGCAAGUUUAGCAUUGAAGAUGGGUCAUCAACAGCAUCGAAUGCAGAUUGAUGGGAAUAACAGCAUGAUCAGCGGCAGCAACAAUGGGAGCAGCAGCAGCAAUAACAAUCGACCCGGAAAGGCAACACCUGUUUCUGCGGGCAAAGGAAACUCACGCGAGGAGCAACAACCGAUGACAGAAGAGGAACGUAGACGCCAAGAAAUGCAUUUGCAUUCAUUAGGCGGAUACAUAGUUUAUCCAAACGACGUUGAGAUGAUUCCACCAUACGUACAUUUUUUGAUGCGCCAAGUAGAACCGUGUUUGUUUACCGAAGCCGAUCGUUUCGUGGCACGCUCCAAGGGACCCGUGGGAUACCCAGGAUUUCAAUGCCGCCAUUGCCAUGGUCAUGCUGGACUAGGAAAGUAUUUCCCCGUGAGUUCGAAAUCCCUCAGCACAAAUUCGACCAGUCAAAACAUUCAUGCGCACAUGCUGAAAUGUCGCAAGUGUCCCGAUAACGUGAAAGAACAAUUGGUUCAGCUAAAAAUCGAGAAAUCCCGUGCUGCACGUUUGGAACCUGGUUGGAGAAAAGUUUUCUUUGAUAAGGUUUGGAAACGUUUGCAUCGUGAGGCUGGCGAUAAUGACGAACAAGCAACAUGCAAAACGCAAUCGAACUGAAAACUUAAAAAGGAGUUUGAAGAGAAGAAAUGAAAACAAAGAAAAGAUUAAGAGAACGAAAGGGGACUGAUGAUCGUUGGGAAUGGAGUAGAAGUGGAAAUGUAUUACUGUAAAAAAGAAUGAAGGGGGUUCGUUGUGGCAAGAGAUCGAUAAGAGACAAAACAAACGAGAGCAAGAGACGAAGUCAGAGCAUAUGUAAGAGUUCUCGACCAAGAUCUCGAGACUUUUCUUGUUGCUAGUAUCAAUGAAUGUCCCACCCAGGGUCUUCUUGUGCAUGCAGUGGAAUACUAGCCUUUGAAAGCUAAACGGGAUAAAUUCAACGAAGAUAAUCUAUCAUUUUUUCUCUCUUUUGUAAGAAUCUUAACGUAGCAGAUGUUUCCAUAUGAUCUGUUGCAACAAGGCUGCAGUCGUACAAUUCUAUUCUCUCUGCCUCCUAGAAUGAUCCCGAAAAAAUUACUUCAAUAUUGGGAGGAACUGAUAUGACUAGAUGUAUUUGUCUUUGUGGUAAUAAUUACAAAAAUGAUAU